GCUCCCUUUGUGCCGCGGUGCAUGCUGGGUGCCGUGCAGCACCUGUUCACGGAGGGACACGGAGAGUGAAUGCUAGCAGCGCCAGACCCGCUCAGGUCGGGUUUCUCCGGGAUCGCACUACGUCUGCGGGCUGAUUUGUCUGCCCGAGGUAUUGUUCUGUAUCGCUGCAUCGGAGCCAUAAGAGAGCGGGCCAUGAGGACUUUUCCCAAAAUCAGAAGCUGCGAAGUUUACAGCGUCUCUGGUUUAGGAGCCUGCGCCCCCGCCGGUGCACCUGCACAGGAGGACUUUGUGACGAAACCCACCCAGACGUCAAGUUCAUCUAGCAGCGAGUCUGAUAUCAAGAGCCCGGUGGGCAAGAGAGCGGAUUGCGGGGCAUGGAGUAAGUGGGCGCUGAGAGCCUCCCCCUUCCUCCCUCUCUCGGCUGUCAUUGCACUGACUCUCCAUUUCCUUGCAUACUCUCCAUCGCUCUCAGUGUUUUACCUUGGAGGAAGCAUCGAGUUCUCCAACCUCAGCUUCUCUCCAGACCUGGCAGACCCGUCGUCUACACAGUUCCGCCUCCAGUCUCAGGCGCUAAGCCAUUACUUCUCAGAGUUGUAUGAUUCUUCACCAUGGAGCUCGUAUUACCAGCACUCAGGAAUUAUUGCAUUUAGUGAAGGAGUGGAAGGACUUUGUGUGUACUACUGGAGUAAAUUCUCUGCUCCUCCCGCUAUUGCUGAGGAACUCCGGAGAGUGAACCCGUCACGGUUGCAACGGCGUCUACCUGGAACCAACAAGGUCCUUUUUAGCAGGAAUGAGGAACGCUACUACAUGGAGAGGGACGGGGACACACUGCGUCUGCUGGGUUUGAAUCCAGAUGACGGUGGUGAUGCCGAGGAUGAAGAUGAUGAAGAUUCUGAUGACAAAGCGGAAAAAAUAAAGAACCCAAACUCUUUACAGAGUGGCAAGUGGCAGUUGGGGCUGCAGGCCAUGUCUUUUGACCUGUACGCUAAGUAUGGAAACAAUCGCACACUCGGUCUUGUCAGUCCGAAGAAGCCGUAUUACCAGUGGAGGCUUCGGGUGCCAUCCGGUCACGUCGUGCGGCUUGUCAUUCUCACACUUCAAGGGGCGACACCAGGAAGCUGCUCUGCCAACAAGCUGUCUGCUUAUGAUUUCUUACUGCCGCUUCAGAACAAGAUCAUCGCCAGAUGGUGUGGUCUGCCAAUAUCAGGAACGUCCCCUGUAAUGAAACUGACAUCUUCUGGAAACGUCAUGCUUGUCACAUUUUCUUUCAGUCGUCAGAGGCAUGGAGCCAUCUUCAAAGCUUAUUUCCAGGCUAUACCCAAAACCGAGUGUGGUGGUUUCCUCACUGCGUGGAACGGCACGGUGACGUCACCUUACUACCCCGCCUACUACCCUCCAAAUGUGGACUGUAACUGGAAAAUCAGGGCUCCGUUGCCGGGAUACCUUCUCUCCGUGACCAUUGUGAUGCUAGACAUUCAGGAUUCACCCGCCUCAAGCACCUGCGAAAAAGAUUGGCUGGAAAUAGGCGGCGUCAAACUCUGUAACCCGAUUGGGGACAGCAGCAGAAAGAGGAUCUACUCUUCACCUGUCCUGCUGCACUUUCACUCGGAUGAGUCUUUGACCCAUAAAGGUUUUUACCUGAUCUACAGGGCCUUCUCUCCUGAAAGUGCAUGUCCGAGGCAGUUCCGCUGUGGAGAUGGCAAGUGUAUUCCUCUGAGGAAAGUGUGUGAUGGAGAAAAAGACUGUUCUGAUGGACGAGAUGAGGCCAAAUGCAACACGUGUAAACCAGGAGAAGUUUAUUGUAUGGGUCAGUGCAGACCACACAGCCAGUGUAACACCGCAUGUGGUGACAGCAGUGAAGAGAAUAACUGUGGAGGUAAAUGCUACCAUAUGUGCUCAAACAAAAUCUGCCUCCCCAAAGCCUCAGUGUGUGAUGGGAUUGUGGACUGCAAAGACCGCAGCGAUGAACUCAACUGCACAAGAGCAUUUUCAAAAGGAUGCUCUCCUUCCUCCUUCAAAUGUGCCAGUGGAAAGUGUUUGAGUAAGAUCAACCCGGAGUGUGACGGCAUUAAAGACUGCAAAGAUGGUUCAGAUGAGUUGCGCUGUAGUUGUGGCACAAGGCCCAGGAAGAGGGCAAAGAUUGUGGGUGGAACAGAUGCCCAGGCAGGCUCAUGGCCGUGGCAGGUCAGCCUUCAAAUGGAGCGUUAUGGUCAUGUGUGCGGGGCAUCUCUGGUGGCCAGCCGCUGGCUCGUCUCUGCAGCUCACUGCUUUCAGGACUCCGAUGCAAUUAAGUAUUCUGAUGCACGAUCAUGGAGGGCCUACAUGGGCAUGCGAGUAAUGAACUCGGUCAGCAAUGCAGCAGCCACCAGACAAAUCCGCCGCAUUGUCUUGCAUUCGCAAUAUGACCAAUUCACCUCCGACUAUGACAUCGCCCUUCUAGAACUAAGCGCCCCUGUCUUUUUCAAUGAGUUGGUACAGCCCGUCUGUGUUCCUGCCCCCUCUCACGCCUUCACCUUCGGAACCAGCUGCUUUGUCACUGGAUGGGGGGUUCUGUCGGAAGAAGGUGAACUGGCCACAUUGCUGCAAGAGGCCACCGUUAGCAUCAUCAGUCACAACACUUGUAAUAAAAUGUAUGACGAUGCUGUCACUCCCAGAAUGCUUUGCGCCGGAAACAUUCCGGGAGGAGUGGAUGCUUGUCAGGGAGACUCUGGGGGACCUUUAGUGUGUCUGGAACGGGGCCGGAGGUGGUUUCUAGCAGGCAUUGUGAGCUGGGGUGAGGGCUGCGCCAGACAGAACCGGCCUGGAGUUUACACACGUGUCAUAAAGUUCACAGACUGGAUUCACCAGCAGACGAAAGGCCAGGUGUGACUUACGCACGCACGCAUAUAUUUACACCAGAGAAUGGGUUAUCGGCCCACACUCAGUUGCAUGUGAUCGAGGUGCACCGGCCCAGCUCUCAUGGUGCCCAGACACAUAGCAAACCUCAACACCUCUGCAUCGGAAGCAAUUUCCCAUCAAUUCUUCUUGCUCAGCGUUUGAAACUUCUACCCACAGUCUGCCAGCAGCUUCACUCCCCUCUGUAUUCUUUAUGCCCCAAAGUCAUAAGAACCACCUACAAACCAACUGUACUCUAUAAAGCCUCGACAGUGGACUACUAGUGUAGAGAUUGAGGAGAUUAUUUGCAGUGGAAAGAGUUCUCUUGGUAAGAUUUGUGUUAUUUGCUUACAGUGGCUAAAUAUUAGUUUUCAUUCAUUUAUUCAUGUUAAUGGAAUCAUUUUUAUAUUUUCAUCGUUUAAGAAUGAUAUAAACCCUCCACUUCAUGGUCCGUUUCAAAUAUGUCCAACUGUGAAAUUGAUUGCAUGUCUGAAAUUAUGACCAACAUGAUUUUUAGUCAUUAUUGUUACUGUUUUGUACGUUUUUAUUGGGUUUUUGUUAUCACAAAUGAUUAUUGGCUUCUCCUUCAUUGGGAGAAAGCAGUGGCAGCCCCUAAGACUCUCUCUACUGGUCGUGAUUUGACAUUACAUCUUACUCAGUACUUCUUUAGUUACCCACACAUUAUGAUCUGUAUACCCGAAAACCAGAUGUAAAUGUCAAAACUGAGCAAAUGUUGAUACUUUAUAUUAGGUAUAUGAAAAAUAGAGCUAUAUUAAAAA